UAGGCCCGAAACGUCAGCUUUUGUGCUCCUGAGAUGCUGCUGGGCCUGCUGUGUUCAUCCAGCUCCACACUAUUAUCUUGGAUUCUCCAGCAUCUGCAGUUCCCAUUAUCACGGGAGAGGCCUCUCCCUGUCUAACUGCAAGUCAUUCUGGAUAGUCACAUUACUAAUACACCACUAACACUAUUCAUCAUGACGUUGCAAAAAAGAAAAGCCGAGUUUAAGACCUGCUCUGCCAAGGGAGAGAUGCAAAUAAUUAUUUUGUAAUCGGAUUAACUAAUGAUACAGUUAAACAGAAAAUCAGUGCCGCGGAUGGUAGCUGGUGUGCACUGUGAAUCUGUGUGGUAACGCGUCCCUGGUCAGUAAAUGGGGGAGAAGGUGUAUAAGGUUAGAAAAUCCUCCCCUCCCCUGAAUGAAUCCGUUCCGGCUCUGUCUGGUGCUGACACGUUGUAGCAACACUUGGUGAUUGCAACACAAAACAUGCAGGAAAUGUUACACUGUGUCCGCCACCAAAUAUCAAACAGCCGCCGUUCGUUACUUUGCAACAUUCCGUGGGGAGCUAUGCAGCGUUCCAGCUAUUCACAACCCAGCAAGGCUCAGGAUGAAGAGAUACAGAGCGUUCGCUCGAACCCAGAUACUGUCAAUGUACCCAUGAGUGUUCUCAUCAGACCCUUCCCUCCUGAGCUGGAUGAAGAGAAAGUGAGGAGUCUGAUGGAGAGUAUAGAGGACACAGAUAAAGUGCACAAUGUGCCUCCGAUAGAUGUCCUCUGGAUCAAGGGCCAUCAAGGUGGGGACUACUUCUAUUCGUUUGGUGGGUGUCACCGAUAUGCUGCCUACCAGAGGCUGAAGAAGGAAACCAUUCCUGCAAAGAUUAUCAGAUCUACCGUUUCAGAUCUUCGAAUCUACUUGGGAUCAUCAACUCCUGACCUUCAGUGAUUUGAAGAGAGCAUCCUGACUACCAACUACUGGCUGAUGCUUUUUGUCUGCUGAUUCCAUCAUGUAUUUUUCUUAGUCAAUUGUGUGUACAUGUGCACAGUAAUGUAUUGAAGCAAAUUAAUCUGAGAAACAUCUUGCACUUUUCAUAUAUAAAAAGACAGAACUACUUGAAGAAUUGCUUCUCUAUUUGUCUUUGAAAGUUGUUAUUCUUUGACCUGAAAGUCAACAAGAACAUACUGACAAGGUGUCACUCAACCUGAAAUGUUAACUGAUUUCUCUCCAUAGAUGCUGCCAGACCUGCUGAGCUUUUCCAGCAAUUUCUGUUUUUGUUCCUGAUUUAUAGCACCUGUUCGCUCAUUCAGAGUUGACAGGCAGAGUGCAUUGAAGGUAGCCUGCAGAAAAAUCUAAGAAGGAAGACACAUAUUUUAUACACUGAUCUGAAUGGUACCACCUGGAAGAAGAUUCAGAUGGGAAUUGGUAAAUGCUUAGAAAGGAGAAAUUUGCAGGGCAUUGAAAGAGCUACCCCAAUGAACCAGAGCAGGUUGAAUGGUCUCCUUUUUUGUGUUGAAGAUUUUAUGCUCUAAUCUGUGAGGUGGGUGUUAGUAUUAUAGUCUUCAGUAGGACUCUGCAGCAGAGGCUCUUCUGAUAUCUGGGUGACUAUAUCCAGCCUCCUGCAAUUAAUAAACAUUCCAAAAAUCAGUGGAGACAAUAACACAUUUAUCAGCUGAGUUAAUCACCUUUUAUGAUCAAGUUAACUUCAGCUACAAUGCCUUGAUUCAUUCAGAUGGACUAACUGACUGACCACUGCAGUGAAUCACUUUAUCACAGACAUGUGCCUUGUAUCUGGACGGCUCAGUAUUCAUAAACUAUUAAUGUGUGAAUUAACUCAUGCCAAGUCCUACUCCCCAGUCAUGUCGGUUGCUUGACCAGGAGCCGGUCAAUGAAGAUCACAACUUGAAAAAUUCUAGUCCCAUUUUUUUUCAAAUCCCUCCAUGGCCUCACCAUAUGUCUAUAGUCUGCUUCAGCCCUGCCACCCUCCAAUGUGCUCCUUUCAUCUGGUCUCUUGACCAUUCCCUGAUUUUUAGAUGCUCCACUUCUGGUUCCAAUGUCAUCAACUGCCUUGGUCCCAAGCUCUGGGAUUCUGUCCUUGAACUUGCCUUAUUCUCAAUUGCUCCUUUAAAACCUAUGCCUUUUGUUCAAAGUGUUGAUCACCUGAAUUACUGUCUCCUACGCUCCUUGCCUUUUUCUAAUGGCAACAGGCUUAGAGGAGACUUUUUCAAAUAGAAUAGGCACUAUGUAAAAUGAGUUUUUUUUUGUUGUAUCCUGAAAGCCAAGUCCCGUUUUUGUCUCACAUUUCUCCUUGCCUUUCACUUUAUUGAUCAGCUCUUAUUUGCAUCGUCCUUGUUUCUUGUCCAGUCUUUCCUGACCUUUCUGGCUGCUUUGACAACUUCUGAACUGGAGCAACUCACUCUCAAACUGAGCCAACUGCACUAGUGCACAGUGUUGUACAAUCUUAUCUAGAAGGUGUGUCUUUGUGGAGAAUUGUGCCAGAUUUGGCAGCUGUGAUUUGUGAACUCUGAAAUUCCUUCUGCAACUCUACCUCCCUUCCCUCCAUAAAAAGAUGCCACUCAAAAUGCACCUCUUUUUAGGACAGAUGACCAAAAGCUUGUUCAAUGUGCCCUUAUGUUGUUGGGCAUCCGAGUUUCAUCCGAUGUGCCUUUUGAAAAUUUCACUACAAUGAAGUUGCUUAUAUAAGUGGUGUUGGUAUGUGUGGUUAUUGUCACAAACAUCUCAUCUGAAGUGCCACUGGAGGGCAGUGUGACACACAAAUAGAUUCAGCAUCUCAUCCGAGCUCCUGCUGGAAAGUGCUGAAAGUCUGGUAUCUCAGGAACAUUGAGGUAGGGAAAGAUUUUUGCUGAGGCUGAGGACAGCUGCUUGGGAUUCAAAAGUUGCUUUGACAAAUCAGAAUUGUUGCUAUUCUUGUUACAAAACAUAAGUCCAUAGGGCUGAAAAGCUAAUGGUUUCAAUCUCCGCGGGUGCUACCUGAUCUAAGUAUUGCCAACAUUUUGGGUGUUUUUUAUAUCAGCUGUUAGAUUUCUUUUAAAAAGAUGCUUUUAAAUGAGUGACUGAAAACGUCAUCUUUCCAACAAGAAGAUGGCUUGAAAGGUCCAGACUUGCUGUUUCAUGAUACAGCAAGAUAUAAAGCUGCUGCCUACAAAUAGAGCCAAUAUUAUGGCUCAUUUAUUUGGGGAAACUGAGCAUUGAGUCUUUGGAACUCCUUGCCACAGAGCUGUGGGGGCAGAGUCCUUAGGUAUGAUUGAGGCUGAGAUCAAUUAAAUUCCUGAUCAGUCAGGGGCUUCGAGGAAUGCAGGAAAGUGGAUAUGAGGAAUGUUGAAUUGGCUGUGAUCUUAUUGAAUGCUGAAGUAGGCUUGAGGGGCCAAAUGGCCUAUUGUUCCUAUUGCGGUGAUCAGUGUUCUAAUCUAAGAUCUAAUUUUCGCCAGUUUGUUUUUAUUGUCCCUAGAAUUAAUAUUGUGUCUCACCAGUGUUAAUGAUCCUCAUGAGUUUUUAUUUGUCCAACCCUUUAAGUGUGACCAUCUAUUCCUUUCUCCCUUUAUAUAUUUAUCUAAGUCUAUAUUGAACAUAUCCAUGCUCAUUGUCCCAACCACUCACUGUCAUCGCAAGUUCUACAUUCCACUCAUUCCUUUGGGUAAAGAUGUUUCUCUUCAAUUCAUCAUUGGAUUUAUUAGUAACAACGUUUUUUAGAUUUAGUGACCUGUUUCCACCACCGCCCCCCCCCCCCCACCCCCCACCAAGUUGUUCAAUAAACAAAAACUCGAGCAAACAUCUUUGCAAUUGCAAGGACCUCCCUCGGGCUAAUUCUGAGCUGCUUCUCUUUUUGGGGAAGAACCCGGUCUGUCCAAUCCAUCCUGGUAGUAAUGACACAGUUCUGCUGUCAUAUUUAGAAUCAUACAGCACAGAAACUGACACUGCAGUCCCAAACUAAACUGGUCCCACGUGCUUGUUUGGCCACAAUCGCUGUAAACUUUUCCUCACCUGUCCAAAUGCCUUUUUUUUCCUUCAUUCAAGGAUGAGGGUGUCACUGGCUAGGCAGCAUUUAUUGCCCACCCCUAAUUGCCCAGAAAGUAACAAUUCUAAACUUCAUGGUGCUUCAUGGAAGCAUCAGAUGUCCAGUCACAUAGGUCGAUAUUUAGAUAGAUGGUUGAAAUGCUUGCUCUGGGAAGUAGGCCGUUGAGAAUGAAAGAGGGGUUGUAAGUCAGAAAGGUUCUGGGAAGGAAUUCUAACGCUUUGGGUCUAGGAAGCGGGAGAUAGUGAACAGAUUAAAAACAGGAAUUCCCAAGCAGGCAGGUUAAGAGAGUGAGUUGAUGGGAAGGUCAUGGGACCAGAAGGGAUUUCAGAGGCAGAGAGCGUGAGAGUAUGGAGGGGUUUGAGAAUUUGACAAUGACAGAGUCACCUUAGUGGGAGCCAAUUUAAGCCAGCGAAACAGGUGCAAUCAGGAAACAGGAUUUGGUGCAAGU